GUAUUGUGGGAUAGUGACAAGAUGGCGGAACCGACCCAGGUAGUGUUCCUGGCGGGUCUGGCGUUGUUCUUCAGUUUUGUGACGUGGAGAGACAUGUCCCAGCUAGCUAACGUAGCGGCAGACGAAGACAACGAACCCGUAGGAAAGUUGAAGCACUUUCAGGGAACAAACCCCGUCCUAAAGUUUACAUUUUGCUACUCCUGAGGGUAUAAGAAUGUUUUCCAGCAGUAUGCUCAGGCCAUCCAGCAGAACUACCCAGAACUGAGGAUAGAGGGCGGUAAUUACCCACCUCCAGCCUACAGGCAGUACCUGGCUGGCUUCCUCUCUAUCCUGAAGUUUGUUGUGAUUGGCUGCAUAGUAAGUGGGAAGAACAUCUUCUCACAGCUCAACAUGGACACACCAAAUGUCUGGACUUGGGCGCUGGAAAACAAGAUUUAUGCCUGUAUGAUGGUUUUCUUCAUCUCCAAUGCUGUGGAAGGUCAGCUUAUGUCAACAGGGGCAUUUGAAAUAACAUUCAAUGAUGUGCCAAUCUGGUCCAAGCUGCAGUCAGGCCGUGUGCCUGCAGGUCAGGAGCUGUUCCAGAUCCUGGACAACCAGAUGAAACUCUUCAACAGCAACAUGAAGCCACCUUUCACAGCCUAGAUGUGAUACAAGCUUCUCUCCUUGGUGUGACCAAUGUCUCCGUGGUGGAAAACGCUGGGACGAUUUAUGAAAACCUCGGCUGAAAGCAGUACAUCUGUUGGCUGAGGUUGGAUGGCUAUAGUCUUCAGGGUUGGAAACCACGGGGCAUGGUGCACAAGGUUUUACCUACAUUUAGCAUAUUAAACUUUCAGAUAAUUUCAUAGAAGGGGUUAAAUUUUUAUGUCUAUCUUGAUUCGAAUGGCUGAUGUUAAAGAUACAACUUUUAGAGGUACAUGUAAUACCAGGAAGUUUGUAGCUAGUUAAGGGUAUAUCAGGGAUUAAGGUUAUUAACUUGUGAUGUGAGAGAACAUGUAUUUGUAUGAGGCCAGGAGCAGGGUUUCAGGGGAUGGUCAGUAAAAUACUCACAAAUUUGAAAGAUGAGAACACAGUUAUUUGGACUCAUGUUAAUGCAGGGUUGUUGAAGUAUGUAUGUUUGAUAAACUGUCAAAAUGAACUGGAAUGUGCCUAUUCAGAUACAGAUUUGUGCAUCUGUCUUUUAACUUAUGUGUUACAAUCCUUGUUUCCAUUAAGAUACAUGUAUACUGCAUAAAGAGAUCAACCACAGAAAAAUUCAUACCAAACUAUAAGGCAUGGAUCUUGUUAACAUUAACUUGAAUUUCAGCAUUUUUUUCUGAACUCAAAUGUAGCACAGAAUUUAUGUGUUAUGUUAUAAAACUUAUAUAUGAUUGUCUUUAUGAAGGAAAUGAAAUUAAAAGCAGUAGUAGUAAUUUUAGGGUUCUCCCAAUGUAUGUCCAAGACUUGGAAACUUAAUGCAUUAAAAGAAUACACUGUGUGUGAGAAUUUAUAUCAACAAUGUCAUGAAAUACAGUUUGAAGACUUUGGCAUCAAAGAAUGAUGUAUUAAUUGCCGUUUGAUUUUGUACCAUCACAGUUAGUUAGUUAUUUGCUUGUAAAUCUACUCUUGUACUCAAUGGUUUACCUGUAGAUUCAAGCAGAUGUAUAUAUUUGACAUUCAACAACUAAAGAAAUACAGAAUUUGUUAAGGCUAAAAUUAACACCUUUCUUAUCUGGUAGUUAAUACUGAUAAAAAGAUGGAUGCAGUCACCAGUAUACAUGUAUGUAGAACCGUCUUGGGAAAACUGUGAUUAGUUUGUAUUACUAUAAGCAGUUUUAUUCACAAUGACAAAUCGGAGUGCAAUGUGGUACAGGUCAUCAGAUGAAUAGCAAGAAAUGAUUUUCCAUGUAAGCUAAGUUGUUUUAUCUUAGUCUAUAAUAGAGGGGAUUCAUUCCUCAAGCUAACCAACAUCUCGCACACGCAGUCGUCCCUCAGUAAGACAUCUGGAGCCGCAUAGUUCCUGUUUAGAACUUUAAUUCAUGUUGUUUUGUCUUAGUACAUAUGCAUAAAUAAUCAGGAUGAAGUUUUCCCCAGUUUUCCUAACGUAGAGGUAUAGGCCAUUAAGCUUAAAGCAUGAUGUACAGUUGUAGUCAGGCCAUUAAAUGAAGUUUUUUUUUUCAAAGAUCAAACAUACAUGUACUAAUCUGCAGUGACAGUACAUCUAUCCUUUUGCACAUACUACUGUACAUGUGCUGUGAAUAUUGUACAUGUUUCUUUUCUCAAGCCAUUUAUGUGGUGUGGAGGUAGGUUCUUUGUCUAUCGAAUAAAGUUUUCCUUCUUUAAGUGCAACAGAUGUAAUUGUCAUACAAGAUACAGGUACAUGGAAAAAACUAAAGGGUAUGAAAGCUAACCUGGGACAGUUAAAUGUAUUAUCAAAUGUGUAACUAAUAUAUAUGUAUAUUAAUGUUGUUUUCCUUUCAUGUACAUUGUAAUUCGUUUAUUUUAUAUGUGAUGGGAAUAAACAUGUCUUGGUCUUAA